AUGAGUAAGACACUUGGGGAACAAGCUGCCCUUGGUGAAAUCUGCAGCAAAAUAACAGCAAAGGGAAAACCACAACAUUCAGUGAAGAAUGCCAACAUAGUGACAAAGGCGAUGAAACCGGCUACUAAAGUGGCAAAUGCGAACACAAAACCAAAGGAUGUUCCUGCAAAGCCGGCUGUUAUAGAAGUAGCUCCAAAGGCACAAUCACCAGUUCCUAUGGAUGUAUCUCUUAAAGAGGAAGUUUUUUCUGAUGCUUUAACAAAUGUGGAAGAUAUUGAUGCAGAGGAUGGUGGAAAUCCUCAAUUUUGCAGUGAAUAUGUAAUGGACAUUUACAACUACUUAAAACAGCAAGAGGUUAAGCAAGCAAUUAAGCAAAGGUACCUUGAAGGAAGAGAGGUGAAUGAACGCAUGAGGCUGGUUGACUGACUAGUACAAGUUAACUCUAGAUUUCAACUUCUUCAGGAGACUUUGUACAUGGGGACUGCUAUCACGGACCGCUUUCUACAAGUUCAACCAGUCUCUCGUAACAAACUCCAGCUGGCUGGUGUUAGUUCAUUCCUUGUGGCUUCCAAAUAUGAAGAGAUGUACACUCCAGAGAUUGCAGACUUUGUUUACAUUACUGACAAUGCCUAUACAACAUCUCAGAUAAGAGAAAUGGAAAUGCUUAUCUUGCGGGACCCGAAGUUUGACUUGGGGAGACCAUUGCCUGUCCACUUCCUUAGAUGGGCCUCACAAUCUUGCAGUGCUGAUGCUAAUCAGCAUACUCUUUUAAAAUAUCUAAUGGAGCUUAUAUUAGUUGACUAUGACAUGGUACACUUCUUCCCUUCUGAGAUUGCAUCCUUGGCCAUGGCAAAUGGGAUGCUACACAAACACUUCUAUACAGGAUAUGCAGAAGAAGAUUUAAGCCUUGUCAUGAAACACAUGGCUAAACAUGUUGUCAAAGUCAACAAAAAUCAAACUAAACGUGUGGCUGUGAGGAACAACUAUGCCAGCAGUAAGCUAAUGAAGGUCAGAAAAUGUCCCCAACUGAUGUCUAGAGUGGUCACAGAUCUUGCAGCAAGUCUGUCAUGAGUCC